UGUGCCCGCGACGAAUAUCCGCCGCAGUCGUCACCACCACCAUCGUCAUACAUGUCCGUGAAUAUACCCGUCAUAUACCGUUCGCAGAAUUUCAAUAAAAUUUCGUAUACAAGCGUGACCGACAACAACAAAAAAAAAAUCCUAAGGGAGAUUAAUUUAAAAAAAAAAAUUAUAACAUUUUUGGGGCGACCGCGCACACUCGAGCUUAUGCAACAAUGAUCCGAGAGCCCGUCGUCGACGUUAAUUAUUACUAUUGCUGAUGACAGUGUUUUGCGUAAAUUCACCUGGACAUAUACACUCAUACGUGUUUAUAUAAACUUAACUGAGUGCCCAAAAAAGACAUUAUUUACAUAAACCGUGCAAAACUUGCGUCAUCACGCUGUCGACGGAUACCAGGAUCGCCGCCGGACCCAAAUGCACUCCGGGUAAUGCCGGAAAUAUGCUUAGGGUAGACGACUGUGUGGUGUUAAGACGAGUAUCCAUGGGCGGUGGCGAAGAAAACCCAGAGCCACCAACUGAAGUAGGAAGUCGUCGGACAAGCAAUGUACUUAAAAACGAACUUUUGUUACAUGAAGCUGUUAUAAAAAAUGACCCAGAUGCUGUAAAAAGAGUAAUCAAAGAACCAUUAGAUGUAAACUCCCGAAAUAAUUAUGGCAGAGCUCCUAUUCAUUGGGCAUCUUCGAGGGGAAAUACUGAAAUUAUGGAAAUGCUCAUAAAUGCGAAGUGUGAUAUUGAAGCCAAAGACAAAUACGGGAUGCGUCCGAUAUUAAUGGCUGCUUGGCAUGGCCACACGGAUGCUGUCCAGAUGCUUAUCAACUACGGAGCGAGUGUAAACACAAUAAAUAAGAAACAAUACACAUUGCUUAUGUGCGCGGCGAGAAACAACCGUCUGUCAGUCGUCAAUUUCCUGUUGGACACCAUUGAAGACGUUGGACUGGAUGCGUUUGAUACGGACCAUCAGACGGCACUGCAUCACGCGGCAAUUGCAGGUCACACUCAUGUGGUGCGGAGGCUAGUGCACGCUGGAGCCAACACGAGCACCACGAACAAGCAAGGGCGAACACCACUACAUUCCGCGUGCGAAAAGGGCCACGUCGACGUGGUCGAAUUUUUACUAGGACACGGUGCCGACAUGUUGGCAAAGGACGAAGAACAAAACAGUCCACUGCACGUGGCCGUCGAAAACAAACAAACGCUCGUUGUUCAAAUGUUGUUGGAAGCAGGCAAUCCAACGAACUUGGAAAAUAGCAAAGGACUGACUGCGUUGCACAUAGCCAGUAGCCACGGAUGUCGAGGAAUAGUGGAAAUGCUAUUAUCAGCCGAUUGUGACAUCGACAGACAGAGCAAAAACGGGAACACUCCUUUGCACAUGGCAUGUUUGUCUAACAACGUCGUGAUUGCAGAAAUAUUGAUUGCCAAAGGCGCCGAUCUCAAUGCCUUAAACACGAGGUUACAGUCGCCGAUUCAUAUAGCGGCUGAACAGGGAUAUUCGGAAAUCUGUAAGCUCCUUUUGAGUGCCGGGGCCAACAUCGAACAACGCGAACAGGGAGGCAAAACACCGUUGUACAUAGCGGCUAGAGGAAGUUUCACUGCUAUCGUGGAUAUGAUUAUAAAAACCGCUCGUUUAGAGUACACACCCAAGAAACGAACUAGACCGAAAACUCCAGAGGAACGAAGGAAAUGGAAGUGCAAUCCGGACUUAGACGUUUCGAUAGCACUGCAAGAGACUGACGAAAAUUUAGAAAUUAUAUUACGAAAAUUAUCACACAAGCAGUUGAGUCCCGGCGAAUGGAAAAAACUAGCUCAUUUAUGGGCAUUCACGGACGAACAAAUCAAAGCGAUCGAACACCAAUAUAUAGGUCCGUCCAGUUACAAACAACACGGUUAUAGAGUGUUGAGAAUUUGGGUCGAUAGUCUGGGCCCCGAUCUUGACCCCAUAGAAGAACUCAUCGAUAGUCUCAAUACAAUCGAAAAGAAUGCGCUAGCAGAUGCCAUCUGCAAGAAGUUAAUGCGGCAGAAAGAAAAAAGCGAGAAAAAACCUGAAGACAAAACCUGUGUUGUUUCUUGAAUACACGUCACGUAUUUGUUUGUUUUUGUUGAUUUUCAGUUUUAUUUGUUUGUUUUUCCUCAAAUGACUAUUAACAAUAAAAGUGUACCCACAGUUUUUAAAUUGUUUGACAUUUAUAAUAUUUCACCUUGGAUAUUGUAUUAUGUAUUUAUUAAAUUUAAUGUGUUAUGUACAAUAUCAUAUUGUUCACUUAAUUGUAAAGUGUUAUCACUCGACUUUUAGUUUAACUGAUAACUUAUAUUACAUAAUAUGCAAAAUGUAAUAUAAUAAUAAAUAUGUCACAAUUGUAUACACACUAAUUUCAUGAACUUGUCUUUAAAUAAAAACAAUACCGUUGUUGCAAUA